AUGUUUCAAUGGAAGAGAGCAGGGGGGUACGGUAAGCAAAAUAAAAGUGAUUGCAUUGAGAUGACUUCCUUUCCAUAUGUUGACGCCCAUUGUCAUUUGAGUACGGACCGAAUUGUUUCACAUGGAUUUGGGUACUCGAAUAGUGAUUCAUUCAAUUACGUUGAGUAUCGCGAUGUCCUCAGGUGUGUCAUGUCUAAUAAUCAAUUCGAUUUGAUGAAAGUGAAAAAAAUCAGGAACAAUUCUAUGCUUAUUCGUUCAUUUGGUAUUCAUCCUUGGUAUUCUCAUCUAUUUACAUUAAAAGAUGAUAUAGGGAAACUAGAACAUUAUCGAGAGGUUCUGCAAUGGAAAGAUGAGCAAGAAUUUCAGAAAUUGGUGGAGGCACUCCCUCCGCCUUUGAAGUUACAGCAGUAUAUCGAUGACAAUUUCAAUGCCAACGAGUUCGAUGUGAUUGGUGAAAUUGGACUAGAUAAAUUGUUUAGACUUCCAGAUAAUGGGUUUUAUACAAGUGUUGAUACUGGAAGAUUAACAAGGACACAAGUGAAAAUCUCCCAUCAAGUAAAUGUAUUCCAUGCCAUGUUACAAUUGAGUAAACAGUACCAGUUACCAAUCUCUGUUCACGAUGUAAAAUGUCACCAAGUCUUAUUUGAAAGUGUAUACGAUAUACUAGGAGAUCAAGAUGCAAUUAAUAUCUGCUUGCAUUCUUAUACUGGCUCGGUUGAGAUGUUGGGACAUUUUUGGUUCAAGAAAUUUAACCAAAAUAGAGUGUUUCUAAGUUUUUCAGGGUUCAUUAACUUCUCAAACUCUGCGACCGCAAUGCCACUCUUACAAUCAAUCCCAAAGGAAAGUAUAUUGACUGAAACAGAUUUCCCGAUUGACCUCCAAACCGAACAAGAAUUGCAACUCGAAAUAAAAAAAGUGUACAACGGAAUACGAGAAAUCCUACAAUUCGAAUCAGAAGACGCGUUAAGAGCACUUGUAUAUAAUAAUACUCAACGGUUUCUAAAGAGAGAUGUGGAACAGUAG